AUGGUUAAAACCAUAAUUGCUGAUCGUAUGUCUGUUAUUGUACAAUGCAUCUCCUCCAUAUUGAUUGCAACAUUCGUCAGCAUGGUUGUAAACUGGAGAAUGGGCUUGGUAGCUUGGGCUGUGAUGCCCUGCCACUUCAUCGGUGGCCUGAUUCAAGCCAAGUCAGCUAAAGGAUUUUCAGGUGAUUCAGCUGCUGCACAUUAUGAACUUAUCAGCCUAACUUCUGAAUCUGCAACCAACAUAAGAACCAUAGUAUCCUUUUGUCAUGAAGAGCACAUAAUCAGGAAAGCCAGAAUAUUUCUUGAAAUCCCAAAGAGGAAGAGCAGGAGAGAGAGUAUUAAGUACGGAAUCAUUCAAGGCUUCUCCCUUUGUUUAUGGAACAUUGCACAUGCUGUCGCUUUGUGGUACACAACAAUUUUGGUUGAUAAAAAGCAAGCCACCUUUGAAAACCGCAUAAGAGCAUACCAGAUUUUCUCUCUCACAGUACCUUCAAUCACUGAGUUAUGGACAUUGAUCCCCACCAUCAUCUCUGCCAUCAGGAUACUAACUCCUGCAUUCUAUACCCUCGACCGGAAAACUGAAAUUGAACCAGAUACACCGGAAGAUUCAUGUCUUGAGAGGAUCAAGGGAAUAAUUGAAUUUCAAAACGUCAAAUUUAACUACCCAUUAAGACCAGCAGUGACUGUUCUCAACAACUUCAGUUUACAAAUUGAAGCUGGAUCAAAGGUAGCUCUCGUUGGGCCAAGUGGAGCAGGAAAAUCCUCUGUUUUGGCCCUUUUGCUAAGAUUUUAUGAUCCAAGGGAAGGAAAGAUUCUUAUUGAUUGGAAAGACAUAAGGGAGUACAAUCUGAGAAGGCUGAGGACACAAAUAGGAUUGGUGCAACAACUUCUUUUUAGCUCCUCAAUUAGAGACGAUAUCAGCUAUGGAAAUGAUGCGGCUUCUGAAACUGAAAUUGUGGAGGUAUCAGUGGAAGCAAACAUACAUGAAUUUAUAAGUAAUUUGCCUAAUGGAUAUGAUACAACUGUUGGAGAGAAAGGCUGCCAACUUUCAGGUGGACAAAAGCAAAGAAUAACCAUUGCAAGAACUCUACUAAAGAGGCCUGUAAUUUUGCUCCUAGAUGAAGCAACAAGUGCCCUUGAUGCUGAGUCCGAAAGAACUGUAGUGAGCGCGUUGCAGUCACUUAAUCUGAACAACAAUGGUGGCUUGUUGUCAAGAACCACACAAAUUACAGUUGCACACAGGCUUUCCACAGUGAAAAACUCAGACACCAUAGUUGUCAUGGAUAAAGGUGAAAUUGUUGAGAUGGGCUCUCACUCAACCCUAAUAACAUCCUCAGACGGAGUUUAUUCAAGAUUAUUCCGGCUACAAAGUUUGGUAGAAAAUUAA